CUCGAUCAAAUACUCUUACUUCAAUCACACCCAUAACUUGUUUGUAAUGUCUUCCAAUCAAUCUGCCACCGAUAAAGCUUCUUUAGCUUUCAGUGAACAACACUAUUUUUCUUCCUAUGAUCAUUUUGGUAUUCAUGAAGAGAUGUUGAAAGACACUUCUCGUACAUUAUCUUAUAGAUCAGCCAUGUUCAAGAACAAGCAUUUAUUCAAGGAUAAAAUUGUUUUAGAUGUUGGAUGUGGUACUGGUAUUCUUUCUAUGUUUGCUGCCAAAGCCGGUGCUAAACAUGUUUAUGCUGUUGAUAUGUCCAAUAUUAUUGAAAAAGCCAAAGAAAUUGUUUCAUUAAAUGGAUUUGAAGAUAAAAUUACUUUAUUCAAAGGGAAAUUAGAAGAUAUUAAAUUACCAGUUGAUUCUGUCGAUAUCAUUGUCAGUGAAUGGAUGGGUUAUUUUCUUUUAUAUGAAUCAAUGUUGGAUACUGUCUUGUAUGCAAGAGAUAAGUACCUUGUUAAAGGAGGUUUAAUUUUACCAGAUAAAUGUUCAAUGUAUAUUGCGGGUAUUGAAGAUGGUCAAUAUAAAGAUGAAAAAAUCCAUUAUUGGGAAGAUGUUUACGGGUUUGAUUAUAGUCCUUUCAUUAAAGUUGCCAUGGUUGAACCAUUAGUUGAUACUGUUGAUAAUCAAUCUUUAAUCACUACUCCUCAUAAAUUUUUUGAAUUUGAUAUUAAUACUGUCACUAAAGAAGAAUUAACCUUCCAUAGGGAAUUUCAAUUAACUGCCAUUGACAAUGAUUUAUGUCAUGCUUAUAUUGUUUGGUUCGAUUGUGAUUUCCCUGGUGAUGAAAAAGUUACUUUAGCCACUGGUCCAAUGGCCCAUUAUACUCAUUGGAAACAAACUGUUUUCUAUAUGGAUCAAGUUUUAGAUGUUAAAAAGGGUGAUGUCAUUAAAGGUUCAAUUGCUUCUAGACCAAAUUCAAAUAAUCCAAGAGAAGUUGAUAUUGAAAUUGAAUGGGAUUUAAAAUCUGAGACUAAAGAUAAAACUAGAGAACAAAAGGGUAAAUAUAACUAUUUCAUGCGUUAAGAC